AUGCGAUCUACCUCGGCGCUCAUGCGCGCCCUCAAGGACAACAUCAUCGAGACGGUGAUCAUCGUGCCUUAUGAACGAAUGAUACCAAAGAAAAGGCGGGUGGAUGAAGAACAUCUCAGAAGACUGCGAGCAGAGACUAGUUCUUCGUGGCAUGCACGUCUCCCCGACCCAAGAGCAGAGAUAGAUGAUGCCUUCGACAUCGGCUCAACUGCCAUUAUAUUACCCCAGCAGCAAUCGCUCUUCUUCGGAAGGCUGCCCUUGGAGCUGCGAAGGCUCGUAUAUGCCUAUGUCAUGGACAGAUUAGAACUUCAGCUUGAGCUUCGUGAAGACGGAGACAGGCGUGUCCCGUUCCAGAUGAGAUGUGGUCAAGCACAAGAGCUUUUGAGAUUUCCAAAGUCGUGUAAGAUGGCAUACAUCUAG